ACUCACUCAUUUUGUACACGUAAUGUUCCGGAAACUUCUACUCGUCCGUUGUUGCAUUCUCCUUUUAUCAGUGAAGCUACUAAACUCACAAAAUGAAUCUAGAAAAGUGUCACAGACUCAGUGCUUUUGCGAGCUGCAAGGUCAAGUGGACGAGUGCUGCUGUGACGUGGAAACGACAGAUGAAGUGAACUCGCAACACAUUCGGCCAUUACUUGAACGGCUACUGAGAUACAAUUAUUUUCGUUUCUUCAGGGUGAACCUCAAGAAAGAGUGUCCAUUUUGGCCAGAUGACAGUCGUUGUAUGCUAAAGGAUUGCCAUGUGGACUCCUGUUCUGAGGAUGAACUGCCAUCUGGACUUAAGAAUGACAUACCAACGGCAAUGUGCAGUCCAGAAGAAACACAAGAGCUUGAGCUUAGUAAAGUUGAUGAGUCAUUGACUGUGGAUGAACGCGAAAAGUUUGAAACUUGGAAAGAGUAUGAUGAUGAGAAGAUGAACUUUUGCGAGUUGGACAAUGAGACAUCAGAGUCGUCGCAGUAUGUUGAUCUUUUAAAGAAUCCAGAGAGAUAUACUGGAUAUGCUGGGACGUCUGCAAAUAGAAUAUGGAAGGCAAUAUAUGAAGAGAACUGUUUUAGACACAGCAAGGCAAAGAAUGUUUUCAACAGAAAGUCUAUUGCAGAUCUAUGCCGCGAGAAAAGAGUAUUUUAUAGAGCUAUAUCAGGCAUGCAUGCUAGCAUCAACAUUCAUCUAUGUGCUAACUACUAUUUUGCUGGAAAUUUAUUGAAGAAAGCACGAUGGCAUCAUAACACUGCUGAAUUUCAAAGACGAUUUGAUGCAGCUACAACAAGUGGUGAAGGUCCUGGCUGGCUGAAGAAUCUUUAUACAUUGUAUCUGCUCAUGUUGAGAGCGGUAGUAAAAGCUGCUCCAUACUUGGAAAAGGAGAGCUUUUAUACUGGCGUAAAAGAUGAAGACUUGGCAGUCAAACAGUUGAUUUUGCAGCUUAUUGAAUCUGCAAAGUUUUGCCCUCGUACGUUUAAUGAGUCGGAUAUGUUUAAAGGACAAUCUGCAGCUCUGAAGGAGGAGUUUCGUUUGCACUUUUGGAAUAUAUCCAGAAUUAUGGACUGUGUAGGGUGUGACAAGUGCCGCCUUUGGGGCAAGCUGCAGACGCUUGGAAUAGGGACAGCACUGAAAAUUCUAUUUUCGUGGGAACUUAGCAGUAGCAAAGAACUUGGCCAGAGCAAACAUUUUCAUUUGAGAAGAACGGAACUUGUGGCUCUUUUCAAUGCUCUAGGAAGGUAUUCAACAAGCAUUUACGAACUACAGACAUUUCGACAUUUGGAAGAGAAGGUGCAGACAAACGAUGAAUUGUGACAAAUUAUGACUCGAAAGUGACAGGGGUAGACAAGGUUUCAUAUUGGAAACAACUUUAGAUUCUUAUUACAUGUAGUUAUUAGUCAAUUCAUUAUCUCAGAAAUACCUAAG